CUUCAUCAACGCUGUUAAUUAAGUAAGAACUCUUAGCUCCUACGGGUACAACAAGGCAAGCUCUAGGUGCCUAAUGGUGUACUAGUUAGGAAGCGUCCAACCAAACCAAGCACACACGCAACACACAGUCACGCACAUGGGCGAAGGGACGGCCGAGGCGCUGCGGCUCCGGCUGGCCGCCGUCGCGAGGAAGUGGCUGGAGGACCCGCGCGCGGACUACGCCGGCAACAUCACCGACGCGGCCAGCCAAAAGGGCCACGCGCUCAACUCGCUGGUGCUGGCCGGCGCACGCAUCUCCCUGUCCGAGCACGGCCGCAUCGUCUGCUCGUUCCAGGUGCCGCCGCCGCUCACCGACUCGGACGGGACGUGGCACGCGGGGGCGCUGGCGGCGGCGGUGGACAACAUGUGCUCGGCGGUGGUCUUCACGGUGGUGGGCGCGCCCACGGCCACCGUCCACUAUGGCUUGUCCUACUUCUCGCCAGUCGCGUGCAACGAGGAGGUUCAGUUGGACGGGCGGGUGGUGGGCCGGAAGGGGAAGCUGGCGGCCGCCGUGGUGCAGGUGCGGAAGAUGGGAUCCGGCGAGCUGGUGGCAGUAGGCAGGCAGUGGAUGACUCCUGCGUGGCCAACGAAGAGUAACAAAAGUAGGAGCAAGCUCUGACACAAGUUAAAAUUGUUGAAGCCCAUCGACUAGGCAUAGGCAUAGAUAUAGAUCCAAUGUAACCCUUGUACUCACCUAAUCCCGAGCCUGUCGAGCUCCCAGCGCCGGCCAUCGAUGCGUUGGAGUCGUCGGUGACGUGAAGGAAGGAUGUAGACGAAGACGGUGUUUCCCGUGA